GCCCGGGGCUCCCACUCUCCGGCCUCCGGAACGCGGGGAAGCUAGCACCGGCCGCUGUUCUCCGUUCCCAGCUCGAAGCGUCGGACAUGCUGAAGCCAGGGGACCCCGGUGGCUCGGCCUUCCUCAAAGUGGACCCAACCUACCUGCAGCACUGGCAGCAACUCUUCCCACACGGAGGUGGCGGCGGCCCGCUUAAAGGCAGCGGAACCACGCUUCCCCUUGGCGCACCCCAACCCCUGCAGCCGCCAGCGCCUCCGCCGCCUCCCGAGCGCGCCGAGCCUCCUCCGGACGGCCUGCGGCCACGGCCCGCCUCGCUCUCGUCCGUCUCGUCCACCCCGGCUCCCUCCUCCACCUCCGCCUCUUCUGCCUCCUCCUGCGCCGCCGCCGCCGCUGCCGCCGCCGCGCUGGCGGGUCUCUCGGCCCUGCCGGUGGCCCAGAUGCCGGUGUUCGCACCUCUAGCUGCUGCAGCGGUGGCCGCGGAGCCGCUGCCCCCAAAGGACCUGUGUCUGGGCGCCUCCACGGGCCCCGGGCCGGCUAAGUGCAGUGGCGGCGGCAGCAGCGCGGGGGAUGGCCGUGGCGUCCCGCGUUUCCGCUGCAGCGCCGAGGAGCUGGACUAUUACCUGUACGGCCAGCAGCGCAUGGAAAUCAUCCCGCUCAACCAGCACACCAGCGACCCCAACAACCGUUGCGACAUGUGUGCGGACAACCGGAACGGGGAGUGCCCCAUGCACGGGCCAUUGCACUCGCUGCGCCGGCUUGUGGGCACCAGCAGCGCUGCGGCUGCUGCACCCCCGCCGGAACUGCCUGAGUGGUUGCGGGACCUGCCCCGGGAGGUGUGCCUGUGCACCAGCACUGUGCCCGGCCUGGCGUAUGGCAUCUGUGCUGCUCAGAGGAUCCAGCAGGGCACCUGGAUUGGGCCCUUCCAGGGCGUGCUCCUGCCCCCGGAGAAAGUGCAGACCGGCGCCGUGAGGAACACGCAGCACCUCUGGGAGAUAUAUGAUCAAGAUGGGACACUACAGCACUUUAUUGAUGGUGGGGAGCCUAGUAAGUCGAGCUGGAUGAGGUAUAUCCGAUGUGCAAGGCACUGUGGAGAGCAGAAUCUAACAGUAGUUCAGUACAGGUCGAAUAUAUUCUACCGAGCCUGUAUAGAUAUUCCCAGGGGCACCGAGCUUCUGGUGUGGUACAAUGACAGCUAUACGUCUUUCUUUGGGAUCCCCUUACAAUGCAUUGCCCAGGAUGAAAACUUGAACGUCCCUUCCACGGUAAUGGAAGCCAUGUGCCGACAAGACGCCCUGCAGCCCUUCAACAAGAGCAGUAAGCUUUCUUCCGCUGGCCAGCAGCGUUCAGUGGUUUUCCCACAGACUCCCUGCAGCAGGAAUUUCACCCUCUUGGAUAAAUCUGGGCCCAUUGAGGCGGGAUUUAACCAAAUCAACGUGAAGAAUCAGCGGGUCCUGGCGAGCCCGACCUCCACCAGCCAGCUGCACUCGGAGUUCAGCGACUGGCACCUUUGGAAGUGCGGCCAGUGCUUUAAGACUUUUACACAGCGCAUCCUGCUGCAGAUGCAUGUGUGCACACAGAACCCCGACAGACCCUACCAGUGUGGCCACUGUUCCCAGUCCUUUUCCCAGCCAUCAGAACUGAGGAACCACGUGGUUACUCACUCCAGUGACCGGCCUUUCAAGUGUGGCUACUGUGGUCGUGCGUUUGCCGGGGCCACGACGCUCAACAACCACAUCCGGACGCACACUGGAGAAAAGCCCUUCAAGUGCGAGAGGUGCGAGAGGAGCUUCACGCAGGCCACGCAGCUGAGUCGACACCAGCGGAUGCCCAAUGAGUGCAAGCCAAUAACCGAGAGCCCAGAAUCAAUCGAAGUGGAUUAACUGAUUGACUGGCUGGAAUUAAAGUGCAAGGAAAGUCAUGAUUAAAUGUCACGGACACUUAAGCAAAACCAAAGAUUUCCUCUGAGCAACUUUCAAUCAGUCCCAGAAAACCAAAAGCAGUAAUAAAAUAAGUAAGAUGUUAAGAGAUAUUGAUCCUGGCAGGAAAGA